UGCCCGAUUCUCGACGAACGGUGGCUCCAUCCAUCCAGUUAGUUUGCCUUUGCCAGUGCGUUUGGGAAAACAGUUCGCAAAAGUUUCCGAGAACGCAGACACGGUUUCGUAAGAAUACUUCCGAGAUUCGGUAGAUUGAGUGAGAAAAUUUCAAAAGAAGCACAUUUCUGGGUGGAUUUCCGGUUUAUCGUGGGUGAAAAGUGCUUCGGGUCCGGUGUGGAAUAAGUGGAAAACGCUUCAGGCCAGAGGAAUUUGUCGGAGCCUUUUUGAAAAAAGUUCAAUUUUAACCAGGAAGCAGAAGUUGCAGAAAAGGCCUCAAACUGGAGCACAUAACGAAAAUGAUGGAUUUCAGUGGUGGCGCCUACGGGGGAGGCAAAGCAGGAGGAGCCUUCGAUCCGAUCAGUUUCGCGAUGCGGCCAACGGUUGUCUUGCGAGCUGUUUGCUGGCUGUUUGCCAUCAUUGUCUUCGGCUGCAUAUCGUCCGAGGGCUGGCGGGAAGAGAACGGUAAGGAGUACUGCAUCAUCAAUAGGGAUUCCAAUGCUUGCAACUAUGGAGUCGGUAUCGGAGUGAUCGCUUUCCUGGCCUCGAUGGGAUUCAUUGCCGGUGAGUACUUCUUCGAGCAGAUGUCCUCGGUCAAGACGCGGAAACACUACGUCCUCGGUGAUUUGGGCUUCUCCGCUCUGUGGACCUUCCUGUACUUCAUCGGCUUCUGCUAUUUGACCAAUGCGUGGGGCAAGGCCGAUGAUCCGCCAAAUGGAGAGGGAGUGAACAACGUGCAGGCUUCCAUCGUGUUCUCGUUCUUCUCGAUCUUCACCUGGGCCGGAUGUGCGUAUUUCGCUUUUUUGCGCUUCAAGGCCGGAGUGGAUCCGUCGUUUUCGUCCACGUACGAAUCGGAUCCGAACGCCGGAAAUCAGUACGCUUCCUAUCCGGUGGGUGGCGGAGGAGCGGACAGUGACCAGUACCAGCCGGCGCCGUUCAGCGGUCAGCAGCAGCAGCAGGCCGGUGACUUCACAGCCCCCACUUAUUAAAUCCUCGCGAUAGGAACACACGAGAAGAUCCCUUCAUUAUCUCUAAUUGAUAACAGCAACAACAAAAUACAUACAAAAAAUGUAGAUUCGUUAUUUUGCUAACGGAAAAGAAUAAGCAGCAGCAACAGUAUGUAGUAGCGAAGGGGACGACUCUACCUACACAAAUACAAAACAAAAAAGCAAAACCAAAACAUUUGUCUGUAUCAACCCCCAACAAAAAAAAAACGGAGAUGGUAUUUAUCGAAUAAUUAUCCCUCUCUAAUCUGGUUAUAUAGGAAUAUAUCAUAUGUUUAGGACUACCACAGACUACCUAUUUAAAUAAUAAUUUCGCUCAGAAGCGCGUGCUGAAGACAGACACGUUGCAAUCCUCGUUGGCGCAUACCAGAAUAGACAAAAAAAACAACCAAAAUACAAAACUAAACCAAAAAGAAACCUACACCUUAAACCCUAAGUAAGCAAAAACAAGACAAAAAUCGUUAACCCUUCAAAUAAAAUAGAGCAGAAAGCAAAAAAAAAAAAGUUGGAAUCCAUCAACAUAAGCUGUAAAUCGCUUUUGUUUUUGGACAUUUAGCCAAACUCAAACUAACAAAACAAAACAAACCAAUUGUUGAAAUAGAAGGAAACAAAAAAAAAACAGCCAUUUGAUACCAUCACAACGAGCAGGAUAGCCCAGAAACCAUAACCAUAUUAUAUUUUUAGCAAUCCAAAUACCUGCGGAGAGCUUUUAGGAAACUGCUGGUGAGAGUGUUCGGAAGCUCUGCUAUUUAUUACAGGAGAAAGAAUUCACACACAGACACAUUAACAUAAAAUGAUUACAAAAAACCGUAGAGAAUACUUACAAAAAAUUGAAGAAGAUUGCUGUUGAGUUGAGGGUAAUUUUAACACGUUCGUCGUCAAGCGCAUUUUGGAAGUUUUACUUGCCGGGCCCGAAGUAGUUUUCGGAGAGUGAAAGUUAAGGGAGAGAGCUCUAAGAUUUGAAAAGCGUGGCGAAAUUGAACGGCUAACUUGAGUAAGAGAGCGUCACCCGUGUUUUUUUAAUUGCCAGGCCCCAGGAAAUACACCCGUCACCCUAUUAUGGGUCCCAUGGCGACGAACGUGUUAAGGUUAGGAGAGAGUUUUGUGCCGAGAUACUUCAGAUGUAAGAUCAAAUUAAGUUUCUGAAAAAAAGUGUCGCUCACACAAGAUUCGAUUGACGCAGUAUUCAAAGUCAGAAGGACAGUGCUCGAUGCAAUAAAAUACAUUGAAAGUUCCAUUAAAUUUUAUUCGAAAGCUUUUUCAAAAGUUUUUGUGAUGCAAAAGCGUGAAGUGGCAUCUGAACGGAAAGUGUUUAGGACGAAAACGCAAAUAAAAAUUGUGCUUAGAUUUAAGGUUAAAGUAAACUGUUCAAUGUUUCGGAACUGAUAGUAAUCAUAGAAAGAACAUUCGAAUAAGUAGCUAACCGGCUGUUGAAACUAAUUAUGGUACACACAAUAUUGUAAAAAAAGGGUACUUCAAUUUGAUAUGGUUGAAUGCAGCAAGGGACAGAAAUAUGACAAAACAGAAAAAAAAUCAUCAAAAAAUCAGGUAACAUCCCAAAACCAACCAGUUCGGUAAGACGACGACACCUUCAAACAUUUUAUCACAAAUAAACAAAAAAAAUCUCUUCAACAAUCACUCAAAACCCACCAACUAAUGAACAAAAUCAACUAUACCUUACAUUCCAGAAAAAAGUUUUAAAGAAUCUGUUUUAAAAGAAUUAGAACUGUUGAAAUUAUGUUUGAAUAUAUCUUUUUUAAUUUUUUUUUCAAUUUUGAAUGUUUAGAGUUUGGUUUUGAAGGUAUUCACCUAAAACAACACGAUUACAAUUUCAAAUCGUUCAUGUUCAAACUUUAAUUAGUUCGGAAUUUCCUAAAUUCAUCGAUUAGUAUCAUAAAUAUCUGGAGACAUAGAAUUAUCAAACCUGAAACUAUAUCUUAACCACGUGAAUAAAUGUUUUUAAGAUCAAAUAUUGAAAUCCGUAUAAGCAAAAAUAACCUGUUAAUAAAGACACGGAACAAAUCAACGGAACAAGCUAUUUGAAUGAAGCAUUGAAUUUCGAGAAGCAAAUAAGCGAAUGCAAAAUAAUAAAGAAGAUGAGAAAAAUAAAACAGCAGAAUGAUAUAAAGUUAUUAUUGAUAUACAACAAAACACACAAUAUAUUAUUUAUAGAGCGAAAUCAUGGGAUAAAUAUCAAUAAUUAAAAACAGAAAAAAAUCUCAAGAAACCUUAAAGACAAGACACGCUAUAACUAACAAGAAAAAUACUUUAAUAUAUGUAUUUUCAAAUGAAAGAUGUAGUGCAAGGCUAUUUUUGUGUUAACUUAGAAGCUGAAUUAUCCACCUUUUUCCGUUUUUCAAACGUGAAUGUGAAAAACAAAUUCAAGAAAAACAUAGUUCAAAUAGAGGAAAUUAAAGUAAUCUAUCGAUACUGUUACCGCGCGUUAUAAUUAGGUUCGGAAAUAAACAAUAACUUGACAUGCAAUUGGUACCUUUUCUGACAAACUUUAACUUUAAAAAAAUGUAGGACGAAAUCAACAAUUCUACGAACAUUCAACGUCAAAGUUCUGGAAUCCAACUCCAAUGAUAAAGUUAAGAUGGAAUCUCCGUUUUAAGAAGCUGUCGUCGAGAAAUAUUUACAAUUAAUAUUAGUUCAAACCCCAGAAAAAAAUUAUCAAUAAAUUGUACGAUAAUCAUACGUUAACCUCUCUUCGGUUAGUUGCUUAUUAAUACGUAUAAAUUAAUCAAUAAAACGAAAGCGAUCAUUCCUCAUUAUUGAUAGAAAGUAGUAGCAAGUGAAUGUGAUUAUGAUUGAAAAGUAAAUCAGAAACAAAAA